CCUGUUUCAGCCAAUAAAUUGGACACGCGGCGAUCCACCACAAGAAACUUCAAUUGCUCUCCAAAAUAAUGCCGAAACAAACUCCUGAAGCUUAUGUAAGAUAUCCAAAGAACUUGCUGAACUUAGUAGGUAUGGAAAAUACUGAAAUCAAAACUGACACACGUUCUCGACCGAAAAAGAUCACCAAAUUACCGAACUUCCCAAUGGUAUCGUCAAACAUAAACCAUGGAUGCCCAAUAAUAGACCUAGAAAAUUUACAGGAAAAUCUACAGCAAAAAAUAAUUAACCUCGAACAUAAAUUCAAAUCUGCCACAACAGAAAAAAAACAUAUGUCAACUCAAGGCAAUAGAAAAAUCCGUAGAGGUAGUUUAGAUUCUCAUGGAGGAAGUCAUAGAAAGCACAAAGAAAGUGACAAGUAUAAAUAUAAGAAAACAGUUAGACGAAACAAGAAAAAAUUAGACAGUGAAGAAGACAAACACAGAGAAGAUAAAAAAGCUGAUGAAGAUAAACAAUUAGCCAAUGCAACAUUAAAUGCCUUACAGACACCCUUGGAAACUGAAGAAAAUAUUGAUACGGAAGUUGCCUCUGAGCGUUUUCCAUCAGAGAUAAUAUAUAUGCAAUCUUUAAAAAAUACUUCGAAAAGGUUUCAAAGCGCAUCCGCAUCACAAGCCAGCUCUUCACAAAUUAUUGAUUCGAACAAAUCGAGAAGUGAAAACAAACGAGUUGAGAAACGCUUAGCAGAUACAUUUCAGCCAACACCCAAAACACCGUACUCAACUUUACCACCAAAACCUUUGGAGCAAAUUGUUAGUAAAAGUUCCUUAGGAGCUACCCAAAACUCAAACCCAACCAUACCUGUUCUGAAUGAUCCAAGGUCAAAACCAACUUCAAAAAUACAAAAACUAUCUCAAUAUAAUUUGCGCACACCUGAUGUAAUUCAAUCUUUCGAAAGUCCUUUAUCAGCAUCCUCACAACCGCCAACCGUUUGUGAACUUCCCAGACACGUAUUACCUCCUUUAACGAUACCAGAUAAUGUUUCACAAAAUCCUGAAUUACUAGGAAGAUCGUUUAUGCAGCGAACUGGUGCUGGAAUUUUGACAACUCGCAGUUGUUCUCAUGUUGAUGAUGAACGCGUCAAUGAGCCAAGAUUCAAUAGUGCUUUGAGGCGUGAUUACAAUAGUGAGUAUUAUGAUAGGCGUGAUAAUUACUGCGACAUGACUCCCAGAUCCAACUUUACUUUGCCGCCUGCAAACAAUUAUGACGCAUCUCAAUUUAUUGAAAAUCAUUGCGUUCAGCAACCAGGUCACAUGAGUGACUAUAAUUUAGCUAUGAAUGCUCUUAUUCAGCAAAAUCCAUCGAGUCUAAGCAAUAAUAAUACCUUUUACGAAGCUCCUCAAAGCAUUUACUGGAACGGAAAUCAAAGGCAACUCAAUACAAAUUAUGUACAGCCAAAUUACUUCUAUAAGCAACCUUGUUGCCAAGAGCGAACCCAGUGGUCAGGAAGGAGCAAUAGAAGAGGCAGGCGCCCGCAAGGAACUUAUGCUUAUGGCGAAAAGAGGCACAUCUAUGAAAGAGGACCCAAAUUCUCUCAAAACCAAGAUGUGAUGAAAGAUCUACGACCUAAAGAAAUAAAAAACGCAGAUAUAAUACAAGGCGGUUUUGAAAAUUCGAUAUUAUCUAGAGAUAGGGAGAGACCAGGCACGAUUGAAAACUCAUUAAUGUACUCAAAAUAUGUACAGGGGAACGAAGGUAACAAAGAGACAAUUGUUUCACUUAGAAAUAGUCUUCACGAUGCUGGACAAAAGAGAACCGGACACAUUUAUGGUUUACGAAGUGGUAGCGGUGAAAUACAAAUCAGUAUUAGUAGCACUAUCGAUACACCUAAUAACAGUAGCGGUGAGCGCACAAACCGAAUAGCGACUAAAUCACACGGAAGCGAAAUAAAAAACAAUGUAGCUAUCCUAGAUGAAGCUCAUUGUGGUCCCGAUUCAACCAUGGAAACGACCAAAGACAGUACACAAAAUCUUGAAGUUCCAAAAUAUAUUUUAUAUAAAGAUGCUAAUGUAAGGAAUGCAUCUUAUAAGUCGAUGAUGAAGAAUAAUUCUGCAGAGACCCAAAAACGUAAUACUAGACGAAAGAAGAAUGCGAAAUGGGCUGCUGGAAUUAUAACAAAACCUAAAAAGAGAAAACUGACAAAAGUAGAAAGAUCCAAUUUUAUUAUGAAAGAUUCUCAGGAUGUUGAUACUGCUCCUGCUACAAAUAGAUUUCGAAGCCUAGAUAGGCUUCUAGGUGAAAAUAAAAAUAAUUUAUUUCGGAUCAUUACUCUUUCUGAAAGCUGUAAUCGGGAAGCUAAGAUGAAGGCUGCUGCUAAAAUGAAAUUGAUGCAUUGUAGCGUAUCUGACCAAAAAUCAACUACAGAUCUCUACGAAGAAGAAUCCGUCAACCAAGAAUCGAUGAAAGAUGUUGCAAGAAAUAGAACUUCCAUCAAAGACAACAGUGAAAAAGUGGCUGUAAAAGUUGAUUGUGCUACAAAUAAUGAAAUGGCUCUCCCAAGCCAUAACGAUCUAUUCACGUACAGCGGCGCUACAGUCCAAACUCAAGCUAAGAGAAAUGAAGCACUGAACAAGACAGAGAUCGUGAUGGUGAAAGAACCUUCUGGUCAGAGAUAUACUUUCAAAUUUGGACAAAAUAAGCCAAAAGGUUGGCUUUGCAGUGUCGUACAAAAGUUGCAAGAAAGAAACAAUGGAAACGUGCAGAAAUCAUCUAAUGGUGACUUGCUACUUGAACCUGAAGCGUUCAUAUCGAUAGAUGCAGCACCGGUUGAGCGUCCAUUAAUGUUAGUCAACCAGGAAGACCUUGUAACCCAAUCUGAACUGAUAAAAGAAACAAAAUUAAUUAGUCUUGAGGCAAGUCGACCUAAAAAAGGAGCCAAAGCUCUGCAAUCGUUUAUGGAAACUCCUAACAAUCUCUACAAAUGUCCUCAUUUUUCUUGCAAAUUUAGCUCGAACGUACGCACCACGUUUGUUUCCCACUUGAAAGAGCAUACAUCUGACAAUACUACCAUGGUACCAUGUGUCUACUGUGACGUAAAAACUUCUUGGGAAUAUGUAGCAACACACAUAGAUAUUAGGCAUGCGGCGAGUAUAUAUACUUGUGGGCAUUGCUUAUAUAGGGCGGUGGCGCCCGAGUAUUUUUGCUUUCAUAUAAAACACUGCCAUCCCAAUCAUGAGUACGUUGUUAUAUCGGUACCUCCACAUAAAGAUGCCAAGAAGUUUUCCGAGGCUGAUUUGAAAAUUGACUUGAAGCAACUUUGCGAGCCAUAUCAAUGUUCGUGUGUAAACAAAGAUGGAGAGUUAGAAACUCACAAGUACCUAUUUGCAGAUGAAUUUAUUAAACAUCUACGCAAAUUCCACCAACAAGGGUACGUCCAGUGUGGAUAUCCCGGAUGUACCCAGAAGUUAGACCCCUCCGCGAUGCUUAACCAUUGGGCAAUGUUCCACAAGGUUGGCAUUUAUCAGUGCAGCUAUUGUAAAGCGAAUAGUAAAGAAAUUCGGAGGAUGUACAGCCACUUUGCCCAAAUGCAUCCGAAUUCAAUGCCUAAUAUUUUGGUUAGGAAGAACAAAUCUUCUUUGCUGAAGCAAAAAGAAGUCGGAUUUACAGAUGAGGCCUACCAAUACCUUGGCCACAUAACAAAAUUUCCUGCCAAUCUAAUGGAUCGGUCCAAAUAUGAAAAAAUCAAAAUAAUCGAAAUCGAGUCAGAUGUCAGUAAGACGACUGAAGAAUUUAAUGCGGCUUCGAUUCCACCUAGAACUUCGGCUUCUAUCUAAUACCCUAUUUUCACCGAUCCCACAAAACAAUACCCAGUUACAUCUUUCAGAUACGUCUAGCAGUAACAGUGACCAAGCUUUUCUAUUAUCUAACAAUUCUGUGAUGUCCAAGUCCAAAGUACCAUCCGUAACAUUUACUGAGUCUAUUGGCGAAGUCUCAUUUCAAACUUUUAAAACACCAUCAAAUCUAUCACCAACCAUCUAUCAGUUAAGCUAUAAGAAGGAACUCUUCAAAAAAGCUCUGCCUUAAAAAAUGUACCUCAUUUCAGUAUAAUUUUUAAAGCAUAUAGCUGAUAAAGAAACAGAAAAUUAUAUCUUGUUAUUAUGAAGUGGCUAAAGCAGAAGUGGACCUAGAUCUUUCAAAUUACCACUUCUGAGGGGGAUAACUUGGAGAAUAAAAAAUUUAAAAAAAGGGCGAAUAAUAAAAAUAUUGAAAACACAGUAAAAACAAAGCCAAAAUAAACAAAGAGAGGUGCUGGCCAGUUGGUAAAUCCCGUGCUACAAAACUUUAAUUGUGGAUUUCAUUGAUUGCUUGGUGAAAAAAAAUAGUGCCACAAAGGUUUAACUAUAAACAGGGUAUUAUUAUUAUUAUAGAAUGUAGAUGUAGUUGUUUUUUUUUUAAUAAGGUUCCUAUACUGUAGGUACGUUUUCUUGACAGUAUUUUGAUGUAUGAUAUUGUAUGUACAGGGUGUCCAAGAUUCGAUGGUUUUAGCGGAUUUCGGGUACUACUUGCGAGCCUCGAUUUUCAAGAGAAGUUGACCGGUGAAACCCGCAUCUCGAUGUCUCGAUUCGUUUUUAAGCUACAAGGGGAAAAGUUGACCAAAUUUUCAUAAAUAAAAAAGUUAUAGCCCCCCUGUCAAACUCGAAACUUUUCAAAAACCCCUCGUAGCAUAAUAACGACUCGACAUAUCGAGAUGGGGUUUUGACCAGUCAAUUUCUCUUGAAAAUCAAGGCUCGCAAGUAGGGGUCAGAUUUUUUCCAACUCCUUUAGAAAUACCCGAAACCCCCCAAAACCAUCGAAUCUUGGAUACCCUGUACUUUAAAUUGUGAAAAAUGUUCCGAUUGUGACUUUGAUGAAGGCUGUGUCUUUUUACGUAACUUGUUUAACCCUCUUUUGACGUAUUGAGUAUAAUUUUUAUUCGACCAUAUUAAUACCAAUUGUCUUUAACAGUUUCGGUUAGUGUGCAUAAUUGUUAUUUUCGAUAAACUAGCUUAGGAUGUGCAUAUUUAAUAGUAAUUAACUUGGUCGCAUAAAUGUAAUCAUUUCCAGGCGUGCAUUUUUUUCAUGGAUCCCAUGUUUUCCAGAAAAUCAAGUUUGAAAUUGAUACGCGCCUGUUUCUUGUUCUUUGUUAUAAAUUGUUAUUAACUUCAAUAAAAAU